AUGACUACAGUUCGUACUCUCCUUGCUGUUGUUGUUGCUCGAAAAUGGAAUCUACAUCAAAUGGAUGUGAAAAAUGCCUUUCUUCAUGGAGAUCUUCAAGAAGAAGUGUAUAUGCGACCUCCACCUGGAAUGUCUUACUCACCUAAUCAAGUAUGUAGGCUCCGUAAACCUCUCUAUGGACUCAAACAAGCACCUCGUGCUUGGUUUGAAAAGUUUUCCAAUGUUGUUCUACGAUUUGGGUUCACUCAAAGUGCAUAUGAUUCAGCCAUGUUUACGCGUUCAACAACAAGGGGUAUGGUUAUUCUACUUCUCUACGUAGAUGAUAUGGUUAUUACAGGUGAUGACGUGAAAGGCAUUGAUGCUCUUAAAACACAUCUUAGUUCAUGUUUUCAAAUGAAGGAUCUAGGCUCCUUAUGUUACUUUCUUGGUUUAGAAGUUGAUCACUCAUCUGAUGAUUGUUUCAUCUCUCAAGUAAAAUAUGCAUCAGACAUUCUUCAACGUGCAGGAUUGACGGAUAAUAAAACUGCAGCCACACCUCUUGAAUUGAACAACAAGCUUAGUCCUUCUGAUGGAAAACUUCUUUUUAAUCCUACCUUGUACCGUCAGCUUGUGGGAAGUAUAAACUACUUAACUAUUACUCGACCAGACAUCAGUCAUGCAGUGCAUAUAGUUAGUCAGUUCAUGGCAGCUCCGCGAUCCACUCACUAUGCAGCUGUACUCAGAAUCUUACGUUAUCUCAAAGGGACAUUGUAUCAAGGAAUUACUUUUUCAUCCACUUCUGAUCUCUGCCUUCGUGCAUAUUCAGAUUCAGAUUGGGCAGGAGAUAUUACAGACAGACGCUCAACUACAGGCUAUUGCAUAUUUUUAGGCAGUUCAUUAAUAUCUUGGCGCAGCAAGAAGCAAAACGUAGUUUCCCGCUCUAGUGCUGAAGCAGAGUAUAGAGCUCUUGCACACUCAACCUCAGAAAUUUUUUGGCUGCGAUGGCUUCUAGAAGAUAUGGGAGUUACUCUGUCAGAACCAACCCCAUUGUACUGUGACAACAAGGCUGCUAUUCACAUUGCUCAUAAUGAUGUUUUCCAUGAACAUACAAAGCACAUUGAAAUUAACUGUCAUUUUGUACGUCAUCAGUACAAGAAACGGAUCAUCAACUUAUCCUUUGUUUCUUCUGAGAUGCAACCUGCUGAUCUUUUCACUAAGGCGCUGUCUUCUGCACGCCUUAAGCUCUUAAUUUCCAAACUCAACAUGUGCUCUAUCCCAUGUUGA